AUGGAGUCCGUUGUUUCUGAGCUAGAAGGCACACUUCUGAAGGAUUCAGAUACAUUCUCGUACUUCAUGCUAGUUGCUUUUGAAGCAUCCGGUUUGAUACGUUUCGCGUUGCUGUUAAUUCUAUGGCCCGUGAUUCGGUUGAUGGACAAGGUUGGUUAUGGAGAUGCUGCGUUCAAGAUGAUGAUGUUUGUGGCCGUAGCAGGGGUUUCUGAGUCUGAGGUUGAAUCGGUGGCCAGGGCAGUUUUGCCAAAGUUCUUCAUGGAUGAUCUUGAUAUGGAUGCGUGGAAGGUGUUUAACUCAAAGGAAAAGAGGAUUGUGGUCACCAAGAUGCCAAGGAUCAUGGUGGAGAGAUUUGUGAAGGAGCAUUUACGUGCUGAUGAGGUGAUUGGGAAUGAGUUAUCUAUCAAUAGGUUCGGGCUCGCCACAGGGCUUGUUAAAGGUGACUCAAAUAUAGAUAGCAUUUCUAAAAGGGUUGCUAAGCUUUUCAACAAAGAUGCACCACCCACUUUGGGUUUGGGAAAGCCUGCUUCAACCUAUAAUUCCAGUUCCUUCAUGCAGCUAUGCAAGGAACAAAUGGACCCACCAUUCAAGACAAGCGAAAACUCCGACCACCAGAUGCUCCGCCCGCAUCCGGUUAUCUUCCACGACGGCCGCCUGGUGAAGAGACCAACACCUUCAACCGCCCUGCUAAUCCUCCUAUGGAUGCCAUUAGGCCUUUUGCUUGCCAUAAUCCGCAUCAUAGUGGGUUGUGUUUUACCAUUUUGGGCCGUCUCUUACAUGUCAAAGCUAUUCGGUGUUAAGAUCAUCGUGAAGGGAAGAUCACCUCCACCACCUGUCUCCGGUGAGAACUCCGGCGUGCUAUUCGUGUGCACUCACCGUGCUCUCAUGGACCCCGUCAUUCUCUCCUCCGUUCUUCACCGUCGAAUUCCGGCAGUCACGUACUCCAUUUCCCGGUUAACCGAGAUCAUCUCGCCGAUCCCCACAGUGAGGUUAACAAGGAUGCGACACUUGGACGCAGAAAAAAUCAAAAGUGAAUUAUCAAGAGGCGAUUUGGCAGUGUGCCCUGAAGGAACAACUUGUCGUGAACCUUUCCUUCUAAGGUUCAGUGCACUCUUCGCUGAACUAACUGACCGGAUAGUACCGGUGGCAAUGAACUAUAGGGUAGGGUUCUUCCAUGCAACAACUGCUCGGGGUUGGAAGGGUUUGGACCCGGUUUUCUUCUUCAUGAACCCAAGUCCGGUUUAUGAGGUUACUUUCUUGAACCAGUUGCCUGUUGAAGCAACGUGCUCGUCGGGGAAAAGCCCUCACGAUGUGGCCAACUACGUGCAGAGGUUAUUGGCUGCGACGCUAGGGUUUGAGUGCACCAACUUUACAAGGAAAGAUAAGUAUAAGGUAUUGGCUGGGAAUGAUGGCACUGUGUCUUGUAAAACUUCAUUGGUUGAUCGGAUAAUGAAGGUGGUGAGCACUUUACAAUACUGA